CAGACUGUCCUGCCCACGUCAACACCCCGCUGCCCUGCAGUGUGAACUCCAGUGAGUAACGGGGCUGUCUGUGGCUCUGACACCCAUCUGCAACCACUUACGCUCGUUAAAGAGGAGUGUUCCUCUCUCGGCCCCUUGCCCCACAAGGCAGGCUGAGGACCCAGCCCCCCGCCGCCACGCCAAGACGAUCAUGCCUCCUUCCUUGAAAUUCUGAGAAAAUAAGCCAUUCUGCUUCUGAAGCUCAACGAAAAUGCCACUUAAACGGGUGGAACCGAAGCCUGGGGACCUGAUUGAGAUUUCCCGCUUCGGAUACCGGCACUGGGCCCUCUACGUGGGCUACGGAUAUGUCAUCCACUUAGCUCCCCCCAGUGAGUUCACCAAAACUGGAUUCUCCAGCCUGAUGUCCGUGGUGGCUGAUAAAGCCGUGGUGAGAAAGGAACCCCUCUGGGCAGUGGUGAAAGGCGAUGACUACCGGGUCAACAACAAGCACGAUGGGAAGCUGCCCCGUCGGAGUGUGGACCAGAUUAUCCAGGAAGCAGAGUCUCUGGUGGGGAAGACGAUGCCAUACAGUGUCACCAGUGAGAAUUGCGAGCACUUCGUCACCAAGCUGCGCUACGGUGUGGCUAGGAGUGACCAGGUCCAAGAUGCCAUGGUUGCAGGGGCGGUGGGGAUCGUGGGCGUAGGAGCCCUUGUGGCAGUUGCUACAUUCAUUGGCGCAUUGCUCUCUGACAACAAGCAGAAGGACGAAUAAUGCAAACGUUGGCCUGGGCCAUAAGACCUGAGCAAGAUCCAUGGGAGCUGAUCUCUACUGGAGCUGGCUUAGCUUCCCACCUGCUUUCUCCUUUGGGAUCACUGCCCUUGGGAGUUUGUUCCAAUGGUUAAUCACUUGCACUGUGAAACAUUGGUGUCUUAUUUCUAAUUGGAAUGUGUCUGGCUUUAACUUCCAGCCAUUAGGUCUUGUCCUGCCUUUCUCUGCUAGGUUAAAGAGCUGAGAUUUUCUCCCCAUGAAGAUACUUAUACAAAGUAAUCAAGUCUCCUCUCAACUGAAGCUAAACGAUUGAACUCUUUAAAGCUCUCACUGGCAGGCAUUUUUUCCAGCCCUCAAAUAAUUUUUGUGGCUCUUCUCUGCCCCGUCUCCAAUUUAGCAACAUGAAUGUUAAAGCAACUAGUGGUUUUGGACAUCUGGGACAUUCUUGGCGAGUGUGUGUAUAAAUCUAGCCAGAGAGAUUCUGCGGGCAGAUCUACAAGCUUGCAUCAGCAUUAACAGAUUGCCUGGGUCAUGCUGAACCACAUGUUGUUAAAGAAAUAAAAGCAUUGCUCACAUGCCUGA